AUGUCCGUUGCCGCGGAUCCACAGCUUGGUGAUCCGCCGGAUGCGGAUGGCCGGUUUUGCGACCUGCUGUUAAGCAUUCCCAUCACACCAACGACGCCGGUGGAGCGUGAAACAGAGUGCUGUUGUGGAAGAGACAGCUGCGCAUACCUGAGACAUAACAACGAGGCUUUGGACGGACUGGAGAAGGAUGUGAGGACAGCAGCACAGCUGGGUCAGGCCCUUCUCGUGCGCCAUGAAGCCUAUAUCGUCGAGGCGGAAGAGUCGCGGCGCCAGAUGAGCUUGCGCAUCGAAUCCCUCGAAACCGAUAAGCGAAGCCUCGAAGCUGAGAAUGCGCGGACGGUGCAGGAGAAUCGCGAUUUGUUGAACCACUUGGAGCAAUUGAACGGUGCGAUUGCGGAGUCGGAAACUCGUGCUGGAAACCUCGAGGCGACGCUACAAGGGACGCUCCUGGAGAUGAAGAGGUUGGAUUCUUUGGCAAGUAGAACCCAUGAUCUCGAAGCACAGCUUGCGGAGUUAGAGAAGGAGCAGGACGACUUGAGAGGGACGGUUGUGGUGACGGAGGCGGAGUCGAGGACUGCGGUAAGGAGGUGGAGAGAGGCGGAAAGGAGAUUGGGAGAAGUGCAGGAUCAGCUGGAGAGGAUCGAGAGAGAGUCAACUGAGGAGAAAGCGCGGCACGAAGAAGUAUUCCGUCGGAUGGAGAGGCAGAAGCUGGUCGACAAAGCAAUUCAAGAUGCGAGCAACGGGAAAGUGGCGGUAUCAAACGCUGGGCAGGGAAAAGAGGGUACAAAUGUAGUGUCGCAUUUCGUCAAGGAUAUCUUGCAAGACAAUGUCAACUUGCAGAUGGGCAUUGUAGAGCUGCGCGACAUGUUGACGAGCUCUAAUGACGAAGUCCAGAAGCUACGGGAUCAACUCAUGGCCCACCAACCUGUUCGAGAUGGCGCUACUGGCGAAAACACUGCCCCAGUGACACUGGCAGCAGAACUAACGGUCAGGGAACCGCUAUCACUCUCGCAAGAACUUCACGUCCAUCAUCACUAUCACGCCCCGGCGAAGAAGGAAGAGAGCCGGCGCGCCGUUCCGAAAAGGAAACGGAAUGUUUCUAUCACUACGCCUACAAGACUCAACUCGAGGCGUUAUAACACACGUCAGAGCCAGUCGUCAAUCGCCGCAACGAUCUUGUCCCAAACCUCAAGCACAGUCCCCAGUCCAAGGACUGCUAAUCGAUGGUCCACCCAGUCUGAAUUCGCAUCUACAGAACCCAGCUCUCCAACGUCGAAUUACCGGAACUCGUUUCUUUUCGAUCGAAUGUCUGUCGACCAAAAUACGGAUUACUCACGACCUACAUCUCCGGGGUCGAGUAAUGAUCCGCUCUCGCCUUGCAUUAAACCAAUGCACCGAAGACGUCCCUCGGAUUUCUCCAUGCAUAGCUUUAAAGCACAGAUGUUAGAGACAACUACUAUUCAUGAGGAAGAAGAUAACGACAUAUCCCAUAUCUCUGAGCUAGUGGAGCUGCCAAAGAGCCGUCGCAUCUCUCAGGAUGACUCCAACUUCGAUCUAAACUCUGGACAAGCUUUCAACGGGUUUGACCCCUAUGCCUCCCACCACUCGUCACAUAAACUCCGUCGGUCUACGUCCCACGAAUCGAUAAUUUCCAUUUCUGGGAUUGACAUACACACUCUCAAGUCCCGUCCUUCACAGUUAAUAAUCAGCAACUCACGCGCCUUACUCCGGACACCCUCACGGCAAGAUCUCAGCAGCGUGAGCACCUCGUUUGUCUCUACAGAGCCCAUCUUAUCUCCUGCCGACACGCCCAGACCGACGCUAUCAAAACAGAAUUACAGCAGCAGCUCUCUUCUACGAUCUUCAAUUGGCAUUACUGAACGUCCUUUGUCUAUUAAAUCUACAGUUUCUGUAGACGAGGCCGUCACAAGCGUUCAGAAACUCGGAGGCUGGAUAUUCGGCCGUUGGGAGACCUGCUACGAAUAUUUAUGGGGAGGUCGUCGGGGAUCAAUCAGGUUGGUCCUAUUCCGGGAUUUCGGAAGAUUGAGAAGGCGCCUAGUAGAGUUAUUCCAGACCGCGUGGAUUGGGAGUCGCUUCUAG